AGUCUUACCCAAAUAAGGUCUCGCGAGUGUGUCAGUGCGCUCGUGACGUUUACCGGUAGAGAAGGGAAGAAAGGAGGGAGUUAGUGAACCCGUCUGGUAGCAGAGAGAGGAGAGGAGAGACGGAGAGACACUAGGAAGAAAGCCAGACGCAAUGGCAAGCCAUGAGCAGCAGCUAGACUGUGCCCUGGACCUAAUGAGGCGACUUCCUCCUCAACAGAUAGAGAAGAAUCUCUCCGACCUCAUAGACCUGGUUCCCUCACUAUGUGAAGACCUGCUGUCGUCGGUGGACCAACCUCUGAAGAUAGCUAGAGACAAGGAGACAGGAAAAGACUAUUUGUUGUGUGACUAUAACAGAGAUGGAGACUCGUACAGGUCCCCAUGGAGUAACAAAUACGACCCUCCCCUGGCUGACGGGGCAGUCCCCAGCGACCGACUGCGGAGACUGGAGAUCGAGGCCAACCAGGCUUUUGACACUUACAGAGAAUUGUAUUUUGAGAGUGGCGUGUGCUCAGUCUACCUGUGGGACUUGGACCACGGCUUCGCCGGUGUCAUUCUCAUCAAGAAAGCCGGCGACACGGAGAAGAUCAAGGGAUGCUGGGACUCAAUCCACGUGGUGGAGGUCCAGGUGUGUCCUGUAGGUCGUCCUAUAGGACACCCAGACUCUCGUGCCUCCUCUGUUACAGGAAAAGGCACAGGGUCGAAACGCCCACUACAAGCUGACGUCGACGGUGAUGCUGUGGCUCCAGACGAUCAAGGCUGACUCUGGGACCAUCAAUCUCGGAGGAUCCCUCACUCGGCAGGCAGAGAGCGACCACGCCGUCUCAGACGCCAGCCCCCACAUUUCCAACAUCGGGAGAAUGGUGGAGGUAGGUCACGUGAUAGUCACAUGAUCUGGUGGGUAGUGACCACACCCCCUUUCAUUCCCCCAGGACAUGGGAGAACAGAUGAGACAGACGUUGAACGAGAUCUAUUUCGGGAAAGACAAAGGGUGUUCUACGACCUCAGGUCUGUAGGAGACUUGAAACUGGCUAACAAACAGCGGCUGUUAGCAGCUGAACUGAAGGAACGGAUGCACGCGAGCUAAUUCCUCUACACGCGUGCAAAAUCCUCUGCCACGCGCGCUAGACGUUUAUUCUAGUUUUCAACACAUGACUAAUUAAAUUGCACACUCUACAGCUAUCGUCCACUGUACUGUGUUAGACAGACCAGAGGCUGCCUGGCCGUCUGGUUGAAUUUAGUGAUUUUCAAGCCGAUAACUUAUAGUUGGUGUUUCUUGUACACAUACAGAUUGUUUGUUGUUUACACUAAUUAUCAAUAUUGUGUACUGCGUGUUCUUAGAGAUUUCCUAUAAAUUUGAUAUAAUUAUAUGUGGGAAGUGAUACAAUGCACUAAUGUACUAAGCUAAGUGUCGUUAAUAGAGAGGUGUGCUUUAUUUGGAGGAUUCUUCAAAAUCGUUGAAACUAGGGGAGUGGACUGCAAUAUUAUUGGAGUGGUGGAAUAAUUAUCGUUGCAACU